UAGUAGAGACUAGCAACACUCUAACAAUAUGGCGUCUUCCUAUGAAUGGUGAUUUGUUGGGAAACCAGUCUUCACAUUCUGGGAUAAAUAUUAUAUAUUAUUAUUGUCAUUUAGUACGGAAUCUUGAUGUUAUAAUAUCAUAUGGCUAUGAUAGCUAAAAAUCGCAUCAAAAGCGCUUGGACGCCAUUAAGCAAUGAAGAAACAAACAACAAGAUUUUUGAAGAGAGGCAUGAUCUUAUUGCAAAAUGGUAUCAAAAGUGGUCAAAUGAGCAGCGUUGUCGAGUCUUAGAAGAUCUUUUACAAAGCAGUAAGCGUCGACAACUGGAGUUUGUGAGAGAUAUUGUGCAUGAUAAAGUUCCACCUGCCAACAUUGAUUUUACGCGGGUGCUUCCAAGAGUGAUCUCCCUCUACAUCUUUUCUUUCCUUGACCCAAGCGCAUUAUGCCGUGCAUCCCAGGUGUGUUGGUACUGGCAUGACCUUUGUGAGCGUGAUGAGCUAUGGAUGCCAAGGUGUGUACGUGUGGGAUGGUACCUGUCAUUCACCCCCAGCCCUUAUGAGAGAGGGGUUUGGAAAAGAAAUUUCAUUGAGAACAUCAAGAUGUUGAUACUAAUGGCUCCAAAGAAACCACCAAAGAUUGAUCUUGGAAAGCUCAAGGAUCAUCAGCAAGAGAAAAGUAAAAAAAGUCAAAAGAAAGUCCCAGGUCAGGUCCCAUGGAGGGGAUCUGAUCCAGUGCCUAAAGAUAUCUGGCGAAAUAAUUACCUGGAAAAUGAUGAAAUUGUGAAGUCUGUUCAGAAAUUGCGUCAAAGGCGCGUAUAUGGGUCAGAUGCAGACAACAUUAUUACCCAUGCACGGAGCAAAGUAAAUACAGGAAGCAUCAUGCUGAACACAAUGCGACGAUCUCAGUCCCUAUCAAGAGUUAGUGCAGGCAUAUCCACAGCAACUUCAAGUGAAAGACCUAAGUGGGCACAGCAGGCCGAUGAAGCGGUAGGGGGAAAAAUGACUUACUACCACAAAGACGCCAUGAAGCCAAAUGGAAUCAUUGCAACCAUAACACGACCACCACCGGUCAGUCCACCUCCCAAAACACCCAAAUCUAUUCCACGACCUGUGACAGCACGUUCAGCACGUGAUCCUCCAAGCACAGAGCUGUUUCCCUCAAUGCCAUGGAAAGUUCCAGACCAAGCAGAUUCUGACAAUGAUUAAAGACGAGUCUUCUUUUCCUUCUCUUUUCAAGAGGAUUUGUUAUUUUUAUGCGACAGAUCCUGAACAAGAUCUUUGCAGUUUUUUUUUUAGAUGAACCGACUAAAGGAAGAGAAAAUACUAUUCAUUACUAACAGAAAGGAUUGACUGAUUGACUGAAAACUGAAACAUUCAAGUGAAAGAGUGCUCAUCUAUACUACAUUCCAAGAGAGGAUGACUGAUGCCUAAAGGCAAACUUGAAAUUAUGAGAGCAGUCAUUAUUCAAACUUUUCUUUUAUUUGUUGUAUUGACAUCAUACUGAGGAUCCAGAUGUGCUUUAAUCCCAAUAUGUGUUUUUUACAUUCAGUUUCAGUUUAUUUUAUCAUCAUCCCAAUAAUCUCAUUAGAAGUGAAUGUCAUUUUUACUUGUGUUACAAAAAUUCCAUUUUCUAUUUGUUAAUAAUGAAAAUAUUUCUGAAGGAAGGCCCCAAAUCUUUGUUCUUUUUAAUUAAUUUUGAUUUUGGAGUCCAUUGUUUGAUCUGUCAUAAUCCUAGUGAUGUGCUGGACUGUGUUUCUCAUUUGUGACAUUUGGUUUCAAUUCUGUGGUUUCAUCUGAUCUGUUGACUUACAGUCCUUCUUCCACAAUACGAUUUUCAUCUCAUUCCAGUUUCUUGUUUGACAGCGAGAUGAAAUAUGUGCAAUUUGCAAAACUUCUUGAUGACUCAAGGCAGCAACUGUCUACUGCUUGUUUGACCUGCAGAGGUUUAUCCUCAGCAUUCUUGAUCUGUUCUUUCUAAAGACUUCUCCGAUGAUCUAAACUCUCAAUCUUCAACUGCAAAAUGUGUCACCAGGCUACACAGACCAAUCUAGUCCUCCUUUUUCUUCUGUCUCCAUGAAUUCCUUUUCCAUAGUUCAUGCACUUAUUUUUCUUUCAUAGACUUAUUGGAUAACAGAGCACUGUAUUCUUUCAGCUGUUACUCAGAUAAUACUACACUCACUUCCCCUCCACCCAUUCCUAACCCUUUUCUUUCCUGUCAUCUUGGUUGGUUUCUUCAAUUUCCUCCUAUCGUGAUUAUUAUUGUUAUACUUAAUAUUUGUAAAGCGCCUUGAGCUUCCUCAUAGGGUUGGGAUUUCGCACCUUUAUUAUUAUUAUCAAGUCUUUUUCACGUUUUUAGUCAAAGUGUAUGUUACACCUUUUUCAAUAGUGUUGGCAUUUUCAAAAAUCUUGCACUUAGUACUAUUUAAGAGAAAAAUCUGCCAUAAAAUCAAAUAUUUUAACGCUCCUUUAGGCAAUUACUCUGCUACCCAGAAAUGAAGGCCUUGAAUGAAAUUCAGACCAACAAAAUGAUUUAUUGCAUUUGGCAUAUUUAUAUUACAGUAUAGGUCUAGUAACUCAGCCUUAGAACCUCAUACCAUAAUGAAUGAACUUGGUAAUAGCACGCUGUUUUCAUAAAUUGUAUUAUUACUUUUCUUUCUUACCAGCAGGGUUCCAUCAACAUUAGUUUGGGAUUGUAGAAUGCUUUAUGUAUUCUAAGUAUAUUGUAUCCAUACAUUUCAUUUUGUUGAUGUCAAUUAUAAUAUUCCCAUUUCCAAAUAGCCAGGUUAUAGAAGAUUUCCCUACAUAUUCAUAGAAACCAUUCAGCAAUCAGUCCAAAUACUGGAUGGUGUAUGGUAUAUAUCUGGCUCUUAAAUGUUCUUUUUAAAAUUGCUAAAACACUUUAGCAGUAAUGCAAUUGUCAUUCUUAGUCUUUAUAUAAGAUUGUAUAAGAUGUAACCACACUAGGACCUCCACAGUUUUAUUCAUUUGUUGAUCUGUAAGUAGAACUUUUUUUACAAAGUAGCUUUGUGAUACAUGUCUGCUUUUAAUAGUGUACUAUAUUUAUAUUGCAGUUUACUACAGACUUAAGAAACAGGUUUUUUCCUUUUAUAUAUUUCCUAUAUAAAAAUUACACUUCCUACAAAAAAUAUACUUUUUUUUGCUGGGCUUUGAAGUAACACCAAAUCAUAUUGUCAUUUGAAGCCAUUGUUUCCUUUUGUUGUUUUCCUUUCAUUCUCAUGUUACCUACUUUGAUUCACACUUGAUGUUCAUUAGCUAGCAACAAAAAGGACAGAAAUAACCAUAUAAUUUUUUAUGAUAUGAUGAUAAUGAUGAUGAUGAUGUAAAAGUAUGACUUUUGAAGUGCAAAAUCGUGUUCAUAUAGGAGCGUGUACUUAGAUAAAAACCAAAUGUACAGUAUAUACAAGAAUGGGCAACAAUAGGGGAAAAAAUGCUUGACAUGCUGUGAAGACAUAGAGAUAUUAGGUACAUUAAAGUAGAAUGCAGUGAUGACAUUAGGGUAAGAUACAGUGAUGACAGGUAAAUUAAUCUACAGGUGCAUAUCUACAGAAUAUUUGCAAAAUUCCUGUAGUCCAUCUCCCUCAACCUCCACUGUCAGUGAAUUAUUUGAGACCCUUGAUAUUGCUUACAGUCCUUGUAUGCACACAGUCUCAUUGAGACUUAUGUGGGUUUUUUUUUUCUUCAAUAUUUAAUGUGAAGACUGCUUCAUCAUCCUGAGAUCAUGUAUAAAUCAUACAUUGCAAAAAAAAAAAGUCUUCAAUCAUCAGAACUUUUUUAAAUAAAAUUAUUUCUUUUUCUUUCUACUUAAUGGUAAUAAAAAAUUAUUAAUAUUAACACAUCAGCAUGAUAGUAAAUUCAUAAUUUAAUGUAUGAAGCCAAUUAUUUUUAAAUGCCUGCUUAAAGAAAUCUGUGGAUUAUGGCAUAAUCCGUCCUUAAGUAUUAUUGCCAUACCCAUCAUGUCUGUGAUUAUAGUUUACAAAAGGUAUUUAAAUAAACUAUGUAAAAUAUG